GCACAUUACUCUCUCUCUCUCUCUCUCUCUCUCUCUUCAUGCAAAUCUAUCUGUCUCUCUCUUUCUUGAAUCUUUGUAUGUUGAGUUUUGUUUUGUGUUAGGCUUCUUCAGGACAAUGAUGAGCCUCGAAACGCUGGGGUUGGCGGUGGUGCCACCUCCACGCGCCAACGUGUUUAUGGAGGCGCGUGAGGUUGAUGACGUGGCAAAGAAGCCUGCAGCUGCGGAGGUGGAAGAGUGCAGUACGUCGUCGUCGUCGUCGAUCGGAAGGAACAGCGACGACGACGACGACGUUUCGUCUGAGAGAUCAAUGGACAGUACUAGUAAUGAGAAUGGUGAAAAUGAGGCUCAGAGUUCUUACAAUGGACCCUUGCAUGCCAUGGAAUCUUUAGAGCAAGUUCUUCCAAUAAGGAGGGGUAUUUCAAAGUUCUAUAAUGGCAAGUCCAAGUCAUUCACAAGCCUUGGUGAUGCAGCAGCUACACCAUCCAUGAAAGACAUUGCGAAACCGGAGAAUGCAUACACAAGGAGGCGUAGGAACUUGAUGGCGUUUAACCAUGUUUGGGAUAAUAAGAAUCGAAGUUCCAUGUUGAGGAGCAAUAGUGGUGGCAUUUACAAGAGGACAACAACAUUGAGCUCGAGUCGAAGUUCAUUGGCUCUUGCUGUUGCAAUGAACAACUCUGAAAGUAGUAGUAGUAUGACUAGUAGUGAGGAUUCGACAACUUCAAGCUCGAAUUCGACGCCCCAAUUGCUUCUUCCGCCACUACAUCCGCGUAGCAAUAAGGCGUCUGUGUCUCCGACCUCUCUGCUGCAGAGGAGUUUCUCUCCAUGGAGGUCAUUUUCCAUGGCCGAUCUACAUCAUUGUGCCAUUGCAGCAACAGUUAAGAUCCCAAGCCCCUCCCUUGGAGAUGAAACAGCUCAUCCAUCAUAGAAAAUAAACUUUUUUAGUUAAGAACUACGUCUUUAAUUUUGACUUCAUUUGAAAGAAUCUUUGCUCUAGUGGUAUUUAUUUGAAAGAGCAAGAGGCUAUUAGGGUAAAAGAAAAAAUUGUAUGCAAUAGAUAGAGUCUUGCAUGUUUAGGAAUGAAUCAUCUCAUGUAAAAAUUUCAUCUCGUUAUUUUCACCGUUGAUUAGAUGUUUUUGUGGGUUGCAAGUUUGGCUCCACUUUCUUAAUCAAUGGUAAAAAUGGACAUAUCGUGUGAAAUUUUCGCAUGAGCGAUUACAGUUAGGAUAUCUUCCUGAGUUCUGAUAGAGUAUUAUAUAUUAGGCCAUGAGAGCUCUAACUUCUCCAAUUUUUCGACUUUGUAAUCAUAUAAGCUAUAUUAUAGAUCGAAUGUCCAUAUUGUGUAUUCUA